AUCUUUUAUGAGAGUAUACUUAGUUUGUCAAAAUGCAUUGCCCAGAGCAGUAUCUAAAAAAUAAUGAUAUGCAACGGAAGGAUGUUGAAAAUAUUUUAAAUGUGUAUUUUAAAAAAAUGGUUUGGAAAUCUAAUGAAAUAGUUUUAGACAUAGGAUGUGGACCAGGCGAUAUAACCUCAGAUAUUCUUUAUCCUUUAUUAAAGGAUAAAAUAAAUCAGUUGGUUGGUGUUGAUAAAUCAAUAGAAAUGGUAGAACAUGCUAAAAAGACAUAUGGAUGCUCUAAGAUGGAUUUCAAAGUUCUGGAUAUUGGAAAUGCCAAUGAUUGCUCUUUUUAUUCAAACAAAUUUAACAAAAUAUUUUCAUUUUACUGCUUUCACUGGGUUCAAAAUAAAGUUGAUUCCUUGCGUAGUAUGAAUUUAAUGUUAAAAAGUGGUGGAGAACUCUUGUUGAACUACUUGUUAAUUACUCCGUUAGUUGAAUUGUAUAAAUUUAUGGAUACAGAAUGGCAAAAAUAUAUUAAAGAUAUAAAACAAAUGUCGUAUGUUUCGUAUUCAAAGGAUGACAUGAGAGAAAUUAUUACCAAGGCUGGAUUUCGAAUUAUUAAUUUAGAAUCAAGUGUCAAACAAUAUACAUUUCCAGACUUAUCAACAAUUUUAAAUACACUUAAAGCAGUAGAUGAAUUAUAUAAUUACUUGCCAGAACAUUUACAUGACAGAUACGCCGCACAUGUUAAAGAAAAAUUAUUUGAGGCACAAAUGGUUAAAGUAUGUCCAAUUACGGGAAAUGCAAUCUUUAUGUGUGUUCCUAUUACUGUACAUGCUAUCAAAGAUUAAAAUUUAAAAGACGAAUAUUAAGUAUAAUAGAUGCCUUAUAAUAUGUUAUUUUUUUAUUUAAUAAAAAUUAAAGAAUUAAAAAAAUAAAGUAAAAUUGCAUAAAUAUUUACAUUAAGAGUACUUCUUGGAUACAUGUUUUUACAAAAGUAGUGGAAGUGGGUGACUAUACUCCUAUCACUAUGCAUAAAAAUAUGUUCUUCUAUUGAUUGGACAAUCUACUUACUGAACGAAAAGAAAAUCAGUCGUUACCAAGAAAUAUUCUUAAUGUACAUUGAUUAUACUAUAUUAUAUGACUAAAUAUGAGAAUUAUAAAAAUGUAAUAUCAUCACUUUGAAAAUUUUAUUAAAUUGAUUGUUAAAUUUAAGCUAUAGAAUAAAGUCUAUAUUAUUUUUUAGUAUUAAGUUUAGAAAUGUUAAUUUUUAAGUAAUUAUACGUGUUGUAUGAAUACUAUAUUAUUUACAAAACAUAAUGUAUUACUAGUAUAGUUUUAGAUUUUUAGUCAAUAUAGUAUAAUAAAAUAUUCAUAUGUUUGAUAAAAUAUUAAAUUCAAAGACAAAAAAAAAUGUUUU